UCAGCCUCUCAGAUGCCCCAAGCCGUAUUCGUAAAGGAGGAGGAAGAAGAAAGAAGAAGGAGAAGCAGCAGAGUCGAUCCACAGAUCCGCAAAGGUGUUGCCCCUUCUCUUCUCGAGGCCCGGUGUCUCGGUGAACCGCAGCUCCGUCUUCCUCCGCCGUUACUGUCAGUUGACUGGGAUGGCCACCGAGGAUGGGAAGAGCUAUGCUAGAAGGGACCGUUUGUUGAAAAUUGAGGCCAAAGUUAAGACCUGGUGGGCAGAGAACGAUGUUUUCAGGGCUGAUCCUGGCGAGAGACCUCCUCAAUCGGGGGAGAAGUUCUUUGGGAAUUUCCCGUAUCCUUAUAUGAAUGGAUAUUUGCACCUGGGGCAUGCGUUCUCGUUGUCGAAGCUUGAAUUUGCAGCGGCCUAUCAUAGGCUUCGAGGGGCGAAUGUGUUGUUGCCAUUUGCUUUUCACUGCACCGGUAUGCCGAUCAAGGCAGCAGCUGAUAAGCUUGCUCGGGAAGCCCAACAGUUUGGUGAUCCUCCCACGUUUCCUGAGAAAGAGGAGGAGCAAGUGAACCAAGAGCCGGAAGCAUCGAACCCGACUGCUAAUGAAUCUGUGGUACAGGGUAAGUUCAAGGGAAAGAAGUCUAAGGCUGCUGCAAAAUCAGGUGGGCAGUUGUACCAGUGGGAGAUUAUGAAAAGUCUCGGCCUCUCUGACAGUGAAAUAUCCAGGUUCCAAGACCCAUAUAACUGGUUGACCUUCUUUCCUCCGGUUGCUAUGGAUGAUCUCAAGGCUUUUGGCUUAGGCUGUGACUGGAGGCGUUCCUUCAUUACUACGGAUAUGAAUCCCUUCUAUGAUUCAUUUGUGAGGUGGCAGAUGAGGAAGCUCAAAUCUAUGGGGAAGAUUGUUAAAGAUCUUCGAUACACAAUAUACUCUCCUUUAGAUGGUCAGCCUUGUGCCGAUCAUGACCGGGCAAGUGGAGAAGGCGUUCAGCCACAGGACUACACGCUCAUCAAGAUGGAAGUGGUCCCGCCAUUUCCUCCGAAGAUGGGAGUUCUGCAGGGCAAGAAAGUAUUUUUGGCCGCUGCUACUUUGAGGCCGGAGACAAUGUAUGGACAGACGAAUGCUUGGGUAUUGCCCGAGGGUCAGUACGGAGCCUUUGAGAUUAAUGAUACCGAAGUUUUCAUCAUUUCACAUCGGGCUGCCCGUAACCUUGCAUAUCAAGGGUUCUCUAAGGUCCCUGAGAAGCCUAGCUGCUUAUUGGAGCUGACUGGUUAUGAUCUAAUCGGGCUUCCCUUGAGGUCGCCUCUGUCAUUUAAUGAGAUUAUUCAUGCUCUUCCUAUGAUGAACAUCCUGAUGGACAAAGGUACUGGGAUCGUUACCAGUGUACCGAGUGAUGCCCCUGAUGACUACAUCUCCCUGCAUGUCUUGAAGACAAAACCAGCCUUUAGGGAGAAAUUUGGCUUGAAGGAUGAGUGGGUGUUGCCUUUUGAGAUAAUACCAAUCAUUAAUAUUCCUGAAUUUGGUGAUAAAGCUGCUGAGAAGGUCUGCAAGGACAUGAAGAUUGUCAGUCAGAAUGAGAAGGAGAAGCUUGCAGAAGCAAAGCAGAGAACAUAUUUGAAGGGCUUCACUGAAGGAACGAUGAUCGUGGGAGAGCACACCGGUAUGAAGGUCCAAGAAGCAAAGCCACUGAUUAGGAGUAUGCUUAUCGAGACAGGCCAAGCAAUUAUGUAUAGUGAACCAGAGAAACGAGUCAUGUCGAGGUCUGGCGAUGAAUGCGUUGUGGCUUUGACAGAUCAAUGGUACAUCACUUAUGGAGAAUCUGAGUGGAAAAAGAUGGCUGAGGAAUGUCUUUCAAACAUGAAUCUAUAUUCUGAUGAAACCAGACACGGCUUCGAGCAUACAUUGAGCUGGCUUAAUCAGUGGGCUUGCUCACGUUCUUUUGGCCUUGGAACUCGCAUCCCCUGGGAUGAGCAAUUCCUUGUGGAGUCUCUCUCUGACUCCACCAUCUACAUGGCUUACUACACUGUAGCCCACAUUCUUCAUGGUGGGAACUUGUAUGGAUCGAGUUCGUUGAUAAAGCCCGAGCAGAUGACUGAUGAAGUCUGGGAUUUUGUUUUCUGUGGCGGGCCGUACCCGCAGUCUGAUAUUCCUUCAUCUAUCCUCGAUCAAAUGAAGCGGGAGUUUGAGUAUUGGUAUCCGUUUGAUCUGAGAGUUUCAGGCAAGGACCUUAUUCAGAACCAUUUAACUUUCUGCAUAUAUAAUCAUACGGCUAUCGUGUCCAAACACCACUGGCCUCGUGGCUUUAGGUGCAAUGGUCACCUUAUGCUGAAUAAUGAAAAGAUGUCGAAACAGACUGGGAAUUUCAAGACUUUACGUCAGGCUAUUGAAGAAUUCUCUGCUGAUGCCACCAGAUUUUCACUUGCUGAUGCCGGUGAUGGUGUUGAUGAUGCCAACUUUGUGUCUGAUACGGCGAAUGCUGCAAUCUUGCGACUCACCAAAGAACUCUCUUGGAUGGAAGAAGUGAUAGCUGCAGAAUCUUCUUUGAGAUCGGGCCGGCCUUCUACCUAUGCUGACCGGGUGUUUGCAAAUGAGAUUAACAUUGCAAUCAAAAUGACCGAGCAGCAUUAUCGGGAUUACAUGUUCAGGGACGCUCUCAAGUCUGGAUUUUAUGAUCUUCAAGCAGCAAGGGACGAGUACAGAUUCUCAUGUGGUUUAGGAGGCAUGAACAGUGAGCUGGUGCGGCGGUUUAUGGAUGUGCAGACGAGGCUCAUUGCCCCUUUCUGCCCCCAUUAUGCAGAGUAUGUUUGGAGGGAGCUCUUGAAGAGAGAUGGCUUUGUGAUUAAAGCAGGAUGGCCAGUUUCUGAUUCUCCGGACCUGACCCUGAAGAGUGCGAAUAAAUACCUGCAGGACUCAAUCGCAACGAUGAGGAAGUUGCUCCAGAAACAGCUCUCGGGUUCAAAGAAAGGAAAUAAGAAGGGAGCUCCAGUUGCAGCACUAGCUGAAGAGAAGCUAAUGGGACUGAUAUAUGUGAAUGAGCAAUUUGAUGGCUGGGAAGCAGAAUGUUUGAGGAUACUGCAGCAGAAGUAUAACAAGGAGACCCGAUCUUUUGCACCGGACAGUGAGAUACUCGAAGCUCUGAAGCAAAGCAGCAUAGGUCAGUCGAGCGACUUCAAGCAAACCCAGAAGUUGUGUUUGCCCUUCUUGAAAUUCAAGAAGGAUGAGACCAUCGCUCUCGGGGUUCAAGCUCUGGAUCUGAGGCUUCCCUUUGGAGAGAUGGCGGUUCUUCGGGAGAACCUGGACUUGAUCAAGAGGCAAAUCAGCCUCGAAGAAGUGGAAGUCUUGUCUGCAGUAGAUCCCGAUGCUAUUGCUAGAGCUGGCACCUUGGCGUCUCUUUUGAAAAAGAAUCCGCCAUCACCAGGAAAACCAACCGCUGUCUUCAUCACAAUUUGAAUUAGUUUUUUACUUCAGAACUUUUUGUUGUCUCAAGUUUUCUCAUGUAAUUUAGCUCACAAGUUUGAUUUUUACUCGAGAAAAUUCCCCUGUUGAUCAGCAGAUACUUUGAAAUGACUUUAUCUUGGUGAUGUUUUAUUCCAAAUUUUCUGGUGUGGGAAUUUUUUCAUCUAUCACCAGCUGAUGACAUCUUCUGGUUCUAUCUUCUGAGUGGGUUAUCAGUCUGUAGAGCAUAUAACGAGCUCAUCUUCAUCGACUUGGAAGCAGUUAAUCAUGGAGUGGGAGUUGUGUUUUGAUGGUAGUUGAAAGUGAAAACAGUAUGUGGUGGAUUAUGCGUAGCAAGUUGUGCUGUUUGAUGUUGAAACCACACAGCUGACAGCUGUGAAUUGAUUGGAGCAA